AUGUUCAUCAAAACAAAACUACUAAAUGAUCGGGUAAGUACCUGACCUAAUAUGAACACUUUUCUCACUGGAAUUCUAAGACAAAAGCGAUCAAGAUGUAUAUGAUGACUCAUUCUUUAGAUAGAUGAAUUGUACAUAUAUAGUUGGUCUUAUAUUGUCAUAAUCAACGAAUAUUCAAGAAUAUCAAAGCCUGUUCAUAUACAGUACGCAAAUAAUCUGGAUGUAUGUUGUAUUCUGUACUUCAAGAGAUUAGUGCGUUGACGUACAGAAUAUAUUGUGUAGAGGUAGGCAUGGCCAUGAUGUCCUUCAAUUUUGUUCCGUUUGUGAAAAACUUUAAAUUUGGAUUCUUUUCUUACAUUCAGAACGCAACGUGGAAGAAAUCUGGCAAUCUCACGAAAGCUGAAACAUAUCUUAAAAAUCUCUACCGCAACAAUUGUGUGUUGUUCGAUAAUCACACUAUUAAUUCACCGUUUGCAUAUUACGGCAAGAAACGUACCGAAUAAGAGAAAUAGUCAAGGUAGAGUGUACAAAACUUUAUACCAUACCAUGGUGUUCUGACCAUUAAGGCCCUCUAGAUCAAUCAGUCUUUCGACUUUCUAGUAAUUCUAGAGAUACUUUUCAUUUAGUUAAUAUUUAGACCUCGUUUGAGACUUUUAGACAUUCUGAACUUUCAAAGCGCCGCUCGCCAUUGGUUUAGAACUUUUAGUCAGGUGUUCACUAGGUGUACUCACCUUCAAAUGUUCAGAAGUACCUUCCUCUCAGACUAAUUUUUUUUUAGCCCAUUUUUUUGCUUGGUACUUCGGUCAAAACAAACUUUAUUGUUAAACAUUUUAUUAGUGUUAACUAACUGAGGUAUCAGUAUUGGGAGCUUUAAUUUCUUGUUUUUGUUGCUCGAUGCUCACGCUUGUGUGAGCAUUCUCUUUUGACGAUAUAUAAAUAAAUAAAUAAAACUAUGGAAUAAAGGCGUUUAAAUCUUACACUUAGUUUUCGUUAUACUGCUGUUGAAGGGUUUAGGGUUCGCACAAAUCAGAAGGAACGGAGCACAUGGAGAAGUGGCUUCCUUGGUAUAAAAUUUGCCCGUAUACAUGUACUUGUGAAAUGAACAAACAUAUGAUAUUGCGCUGUAUACCCUAUCAAUGUUUUUUUCUGGUAGGGAUGCAACUGCCUGAAAAAUAUAAGGAUUAUAGCAAUGAAUAAAAAAUCCUUAUAUCAAUUAGAAUCCUUAUAUUUUUCAGGUAGUUGGAUCCCUACCAAAGAAAGCCUGUUAAUGUUAAUGUUAAUGUUAAUGUUAAUGUUAAUGUUAAUGUUAAUGUUAAUGUUAAUGUUAAUGUUAAUGUUAUUGACACUAUACACUGGCACAGACAGUUCAAGUAUAGCAUCCUAUCAGUGGCCUAUUGACCAUCGUCUGUCCUAAGUGCAUACCUACCUGUCGUCACUGCAUUGUCCCUGUAUACAAUAGCACUUUAAGAGCUGGUUGAGUGCAAUUUUGAAUAACGUACAUUCAUGUAUAUGGGAUAAUUGUUCUUUCUAAUAAUAAAACACUCAUUUACGAAGGUCAUGGGGAGUAUGCACAAGCUGGUUUAUCAAAGAGAAUCCACAUAGUCACACAAUUUCCAGUGAUAAUAAAUGGCUCUCAAGACAGACGAGUACACCAAAGACAGCAGGAAUAUAUCGAAACAUUGAAACUAAAUCUUCAACAUCCACAGGUUUGCUCCUAUAAGUUUAGUUGGUAUAAAAGAAAAUAAGUAGUGUGGAGAAUAUAGACAUUGUCAAACAGUCGAGUAACGUAUCUAUCCCCUUUCUUGAGCGCUGCAAAUCUCAGUAUCUGCAAUUUCAAAACUCAUAAACUAACUAAUUUGCAAAAAUAUCUGUGGCAACGCAAUUAGACAGUGGCCUACAGCUUUAGUUUCGCAAUUACUGUAUUUAAGCCCACCGCGCUCAUGUUCGUUUUGGUUAUAAUUUUCCACUGUUUGAAUAUACCGCCAUUUCUAAUGUCAUGGUCAUUUUUAAAUAUAUCUAAUGUUAUUCUCUUUUUGUUGCAGGUCGACAUGAUCCAUCUUCUUUUGGAGCGUCAUGAAGACAUCAAAUUCUUAGAAAAUUCGAUUGCACAGAGUAACAAAAAGUAUUAUUAUUCUUUGAAUCGAAGAAUGCUUUAUGGUGAUGCUUUUCGUUACGUCUCAGAAUUUCUUCCCAACAAAACUACCAUCAUUAUGAAUGCAGAUUGUUAUCUUGGAAACGGUUUCCAGAAACUCGAUAUUAAUAUUCUCAGAAAAGGCACAAUAUAUGCAUUAACAAGACACGAAACACCUAAAGCAAUCAGAAACUGCGAGGUGAAGGACUUCUGUGCCGCACAAGCAAAGUAUAUUGGAUCCCAUGAUGCAUUUGUCCUCAACCUUGCUAAACCGUUGCCUAGCAACGUACUAGAUACCUUGAUGGUUCGUCAAGAUAUUGUUGGAGUUGAGAAAUUCGUAAUUUUUAUCUUAAGAGUACUUGGUAAAUUCACCGUGAAAAACCCUUGUCAUACUCUGUUAAUAUUUCAUAACCAUUGCACGAAGUUUAGACAUAAGCAACGGAGAUUGAUUCAUGGUAAGAGAUUCAACAUUUUAUAUUUAGCAAAUGUACCUCGUUGGAAAACGAACGCACCUUUCUCGGGAUUAUAA